AUGGAUACGAGGAAACAGAGCAAUCCUAAUGAUGAUGACAACGAAAAGACUCUAAUCAAUCCACAAAAUAUUUCCAUUGCAUUAAAUGACAAACAAAAUAAAUUGAUUCAUUUAGAUCCUGUACCUGAUUUUUCUGAUAAGACAGAAAUUAAACCAUGGUUACAAAAGAUAUUCUAUCCUCAAGGUAUUGAGAUUGUCAUUGAAAGAUCUGAUAACUUUAAAGUAAUUUUCAAAUGCAAGGCUACAAAGAGAGGCAAAAAGCACGGCAACGUUGCUCCACCUUUACCUGAGCCAACCACUGAAGAGGAAGUGAAUACUGGUUCAACAACGACCGUAAAGAAGAAGAAAAGAUCUAUUUCAAGGUUUAAUCGCUGCCCGUUCAGGAUAAGAGCCACAUUUUCAAUUAAGAGAAAGAAAUGGCAAGUAGUCGUUAUGAAUAGCAUGCAUUCUCAUGAAUUGGUCUUCAAUCCUGACUCUGAUGAUUAUAAGAAAUUUAAAAUGGUAUUAAAAGAAAAUAAUGAUGUAGACGCAAUAAAGAAAUUCGAUGAAUUGGAAUAUAGAAGACGUAAUAAUCUACCUAUCCCACAGGCGAUCAUGCCCUGUGAUUGUGGUUUAACCUCCGAAAUAAGAUCAUUUAAUGUUGUCUUACCAAAUAUAAAUCCGAGAAAGGGUAGUAAUAACUAUUCAAGAUCUAAUGGUAAUAAGAUUAAGAAACCAAUUAAAAAAAAUAGUGAUAAACCUUUUGCAUUACAAUUUGAUAGUAGUAGCACUGCUAGUAGUACUCCUACCAAUAAUAAUAUCAGUCACCAUAAUGAUCAUAAUCAAAAUCAGACUCACAAUCACAAUAAUAAUAAUAAUACUAAUAUUAAUAAUGGCAUGGGAUUCCUUGAUGAUCCAUUUGCAUCCACUGAAUUCUCAUCAUUAAAUAACGCGACAACCGCACCAGCAAUUGAUCUAAAUGAAAUUGACUUCACAGAUAUUUUCUCUAAGUCAUUUAGUAACGUUACAGCUACGGAUAUCUAUGCCCCAUCACCGUUAUUAUCAUAUAAUCAUACUGAUGAUACGAAUACGAACGAUGGUGAUAUUUUAUCGAAUACGUACCAUGUUGAUAUUUCGAGUUUGCUAUCAAUUCCAAAUGUCGAUGCUGAUAAUACAACCCCAGAAUUUGAUAAAAUACUUUAUACUAAGAGUGUUACUCCUGAUAAUAACGUUAAUGAACAGGAUAUAAAUAAAGAUGAUUUGCAUUGGAUUAUUAAUUUUGACAACGAAUAA